AUGGGCUCCAACGGGGGAAGACCGACGAAGUUGGCGUUGGUUCCGCUCCCUAAAGGCUCCAUCUUACUCCCUGGGGCAACGUUACGAAUUCCAGUUUCAAACCGGCCCGAUCUCGCAAACCUUCUAUCCUCAUUGCUCAAUCGAACGCAAGCGAACAAGCGAGAUGCUAACUCCAUCACGUUCGCCUGCGUUCCGCUCGGCUCACCUUUUCUGAGCAAGGAUGGCCAGCACGUAAUUGAUGACGGUGCUGUUGAUGGCGAUAGGAGGGAGGAAUAUGAAGCUAUCGAUGCCGGUCAAGCGAGAAAAGAGGAUCUAUAUCGUUAUGGUACACUCGGGAAAGUCAUCGGUGUCCAGCGCCGGGCCUAUUCGGAACCUCACCUUUUGGUUCAAGGUGUCCAACGUCUCACUGUUCGACGCGUACUGAAAGAACGUCCAUUCUUUGAGGCAGAGUGUAUUCUUCAUGAUGAAAAAGAGCCGUCCCCGGCCGACGCGGAAACUGUCGAGUUGUUCCAGCAGUUGAGACAACUUUCGAAGGAACUGCUUACCCUUCUGCGAUACACCUCGUUGAUACCUGCUAGCGGAGGGCCCCGCUUGUCACCAAUUAUUGCCCGGAAAUUCGAGUUGAUCAUUACCAAGUCUGAUCUCGCCCAGGCAGGGAGACUGGCGGAUGUUAUGGCCGAUAUCGCCGAAUCGGCGCUUGAAGAAAAGCUUCGUGUGCUCUCUGCUCUGGACACAAAGACACGACUGGAAAGAGUUAUCGAGAUUCUCAGCAAGCAGAAUCAAAGCAUUCGCAGCAAUGUCAAAUUCACUACCAUCUCUACGGAUAGCAUUCCUCCAGGAUCUCUAUUGGACAUUGGUAUUCGGGACUUGCUAUCUAAACGAGGCAUGCCUGGUGUCCCUGGACAAGCCCCAGCUGGAAUGGGUGGGCGUAACAAUGACUCUGAUGAGAAGGAAUCCAAUGAGCUCGAUGAGUUGCAACAGAAGCUCAAAGAAGCUCAGCUCAGCCCUGAGGCUCAGAAGAUUGCUGACAAGGAGCUGCGGCGGCUUCGCAAGAUGAUGCCUAUGAACCAGGAGUAUGGCGUGGUACGAACCUACUUGGAGAAUAUCGCGGACCUUCCCUGGACCAAAGUGACCGAAGACAAGCUUGGCCCAGAGACUUUAAAGCUGGCGCGGAAGCAGUUGGAUGAUGACCAUUACGGCCUAGAGAGGAUCAAGAAGAGGCUUCUUGAGUAUCUCGCAGUGUUGAGGCUCAAACAAUCAACAAACCAGGGCAUUGAGCGCCAAAUUGCAAGCCUUACAAAGGAGCUAGACAACUCCGGCGGCGAUAUCGAGAAGGAUAUCCCAUCGUUGCCAGAGUCAGACCGCGCUGCUAUCGAGUCAAAGCUACACUCGUUGACAUCCAGGCGCAUGGUCGAUAAAUCUCCGAUUCUCCUUCUUGUCGGCCCUCCGGGAACCGGAAAGACCAGCCUGGCACGAUCUGUUGCCACUGCUCUUGGCCGCAAAUUCCACAGAAUAUCCCUCGGUGGCGUUAGGGAUGAAGCUGAGAUUAGAGGCCACCGGAGAACCUAUGUUGCUGCCAUGCCGGGUCUGAUCGUUAAUGGUCUCAAGAAAGUUGGUGUUGCCAACCCGGUGUUCUUGCUCGAUGAAAUCGAUAAGCUAGGCGGUCCCAAUUUCCAGGGAGACCCAUCUGCGGCGAUGCUUGAAGUCCUGGACCCUGAACAGAAUUAUACCUUUGUUGACCACUAUAUCAACAUUCCCAUUGAUCUGAGCAAGGUCCUUUUCAUUGCAACGGCCAACUCACUUGACACUAUUCCCCCUCCUCUUCUCGACCGAAUGGAGACAAUCCAACUUUCCGGCUACACAACCGUCGAGAAGCGGCACAUUGCAAAGAGGCAUCUGAUUCCUAAGCAGAUACGGGCAAACGGUCUUGAGGAUGGUCAAGUUAUUUUCUCGGAUGACGUUAUCGACAAGACUACAACUUCCUACACUAGAGAAUCUGGAGUACGGAACCUCGAACGAGAGCUCGGCUCAAUUUGCCGCUUCAAGGCUGUCCAGUUCGCAGAUGCCUCGGAUGCAGCCAAGGCUGAUUCAUACAACCCUGUGGUUAGUGUUGAUGACUUGGAAGAAAUUCUUGGCAUCGAGCGCUUCGAUGAAGAGAUCGCAGAAAAGCACGGCCGCCCAGGUGUGGUCACCGGUCUAGUCGCCUAUUCAACCGGCGGCCAAGGAAGCAUACUAUUCAUUGAAGUUGCAGACAUGCCUGGAAGCGGCCGCGUCCAGUUGACUGGAAAGCUAGGUGAUGUUCUCAAGGAAAGCGUAGAGGUGGCUCUCACCUGGGUCAAGGCUCACUCCUUCGAACUCGGCCUGACAUCUGAUCCCAACGAGGAUAUCAUGAAGAGCCGAAGUCUGCACGUCCACUGCCCCUCAGGCGCCAUCCCCAAGGACGGCCCCUCUGCAGGCCUUGCACACACUAUCGGGUUGAUCUCUCUCUUCUCGGGCAAGGCUGUUCCACCCAAGCUUGCAAUGACCGGUGAAGUCUCCCUCCGCGGCCGCGUGAUGCCCGUUGGCGGUAUCAAGGAGAAACUCAUCGGCGCUUUGCGAGCCGGAGUCACGACCGUCCUCUUGCCACACCAGAACAGGAAGGAGGUCAAGGAUGUCCCGGACGAAGUCAGCAAUGGCCUUGAGAUUAUAUAUGUUAAGCACAUUUGGGAAGCCAUCCGACACGUGUGGCCGGAUGCUCACUGGCCUGGCCAACACCACAUGAACUUCGUUGAAAGCCGUCUGUAG